GUCUAUAAAUUUUCUGGUCCUUGAACGGAAAAGUCUUUUGAACAUUGUGAAAUUUUUUUAUUUCGUGAAACACUGGGAAAAAUUUGCAGCUUAUCUGUGUUCUUAAAAAAGAUUUGAUUUAUCACGCGCUAGUUGCUCCUCAACAGUUGCUUCCCAAGCAUGACAUUAUCCGAUAAUUUGAAAGCUCUUUGCGAAUGAGAAAUCAAACUUCUUCACAAUUUUUUAUACUUCUCUGACCUUGUAGAAUACACGUGAAAUUUUUUUCCCAAAGUCAAUAAUCGCAGUCAAUGAGGACAUAUUUCAAUCUCAUGAACCCUAAAAUAAAAUAUUUAUCAUAAGGAUUUGACUCAUAAAUCCUAAAUUCUCUGAGAGAUUGUCUCAUGUAUUGCGAGCAAUGAACUGGUGUGUUUAUGCACUCGUUAAUUCUCAUUCUCCCGACCGAUAUGCAGCGGGUUAUUUCCACAUGUCUCAAGUGAAUAAAUAUAAAUGGAGUCGCUCAAACACGAUCAGUGGCUUUCCUUCCAUUGAUUAAAACCCCGCACACAUGCGAUUUCAGUGAGUGGCCGCCAGUAUUUGAAAAUCUUGUGCUCGAGCUCUCGGUGAUCAUGAAUAUCUACAGAAUCGUCUCCGUGAUGAUGUUUCUCGUCCUCAAAGGGGAAGAAGCUGUCGGAAAAUUGCGAUUUGUUCAGACCAUCUUUCGUCAUGGCGAUCGCGCUCCCGACGAUUUAAGAAGAUUUAUAACAAAUUAUUAUCCGAACAAUCCGUACACUCCGGAAGAUCAUUAUCCGAUACCCGCCGGUGGUUUGACAAAUAUUGGAAAAGCCAGAUCUUACGAAUUAGGAAGAUUCUAUCGACGAACUUAUGGAGAAUUGAUAGGAAGUGAAAAUGCUGUGAAAUUUUACGCAAGUCUGGUUCCUCGAACAACAGCUUCCGCUAGAUUGGUGGCAACAGGACUUUUCCCCUCUGAUCCUGAUGAAAGAUGGAGUGAAUCCCUCCAACUGCGAAACACUACAAUUCAUGCGGCGAAAAAUAUGAAUGAAUCCUGGCACUUCUUCGCGUCUGCCGGCCUCUGCACCAACUCCAGAAGACUGCAGAAGAUUGUCGAUCAGACAGAGCCUGAACUGGUUGAAUAUGUUGCGAGAAAUAAAUAUUUCUACGAGUACAUAUCAAGACACGCAGGGUUCAAUGGUACAUACGACCUGGCUUAUUAUCUGUACCUCUCACUGUUAACUCAGAUGCAAGUGGGUUUACAGCCACCCAAGUGGUCUAAGGGUAUUUUCCCCGAGGGAAAGCUCAAGGAUGAAGCUCCCAUGGCAUUCAUUUUCCAAGGCUUCACCAACGAACUGAGGAAAUUUGGAGGAGGUCUGUGGCUGAGAAUAUGGCUCGAGAACAUUGACAAACACCUGAAAAGGAAGAAAGGAGAUAAGAAAUUCAUUGUUUGGUCUGGUCACGAUCAAAAUAUUGGAUCCUUGCUCGUAUCACUGAAUAAUUUCGAAGAACCCCACAUUCCUCCUUACAGCAGUGCUAUUAUCCUAGAACUUCAUGAAAUUAAACAACAGCAUUAUGUGAAGUUCUUGUACAAAAGGCAUAGCAACGCCAAACCGUUACAUGUUCCUGGGUGUCCAGAUGUCUUAUGUCCCCUGGAACUUUUCAAGAAUAUAACAGCUAGUUUUAUUCCUCGGGGAAGUGCCGCGGACAUAUGUGGAAGUAUUGUACAAUUUGAAAAAAACUCAUAACUUUUGUGUUCCAUUCGUUGCACUGUGAGAAGUUUUUUGUUACUUCAAAAAAUUCUUUGUGAUAGUUUUUUCAUAAAAAUAGUUUAUUUAUAAGUGCACUAACAGGAAUGUAUUAAAAACAGUUUUUACCGGAGUUUCAAACACUCCUUUAUUUUGUAAAUCAAGUGUGAAUAGAAUAGUUAUAAAAAAUGCUGAAAAAUAUUGAGAUAAUAAACAAAUUUAAUUUGAUAAAAUGAAAAA